AUGGAAGCCAUAUUGCAUUUCAUGAUCCUGCAAAACUUGUAUAUCUUGAAAGUUGUGAUCUCAUUAGCUUUAGUCAAUUUACAGGUUGUUUCUGAUGAGAUAUCAGUGUUCUGGGUGAUGUUUUCUGAUGCUCUUAGAGCAAGUAGAUCCUUUUAUUUGUCAAGGGAGGCCUUGCAUCUUCCAAUUGAAAUAACUGGUCAUGUUUGUCAUUCAGGAAUCUUCCAUACAAUGAGAGAAGUUAAGGUAAAAGGUGUUUCGGAAUUGUGUACUCUUGAUUCUGAUAUUGAAUCGCAAAUCUUACAAUCUGAAUCAGCUAGUGUCAGCCAGAGAUGUUCAUCUCUAAAUGUGCAGUCCACACCUGAAAUAGAAAAGAAGUAUGUCCAUCAUGUAUAUGAUGCUAUCGCACCCCAUUUCAGUUCCACUCGGUUCGCUAAGUGGCCAAAAGUAGCCAACUUUUUAUCUUCCUUACCUGCAGGAUCUCUUGUGCUUGAUGCAGGAUGUGGAAAUGGGAAAUACCUGGGAUUUAAUCCUGAUUGUCUUUCCAUAGGGUGUGACAUAAGUGCUCCUCUUAUCAAAAUUUGUGCAGAUAGAGGGCAUGAAGUUUUGGUUGCAGAUGCUUUAGUUCUACCCUAUAGAACUGGUUUUGGUGAUGCAGCUAUCUCCAUAGCUGUAUUACAUCAUCUGAGUACAGAGAGCAGGAGGAAAAAAGCAAUUGAAGAGUUAGUCCGAGUUGUGAAAAAGGGUGGUCUUGUUCUAAUAACAGUUUGGGCUGUGGAACAAGAAGAUAAAGCAUUGGUUUCUAGAUGGACUCCACUCACUGAAAAGUAUGGAGAAGAGUGGAUAGGACCUGGUAGCCCUCGUGUGCGUAGUCCUUCGUCCCGCACAUUAGAAAGCAUUCCAGAAACAGAGGAUAGAAUUUUGGGAGAUAAUGAGAAAGAUUCCAACCAGAGUUCUGUGCAGACUUUGCAACAAAUGCCCUCUCAAGAUAAAGGCAUUACAAGGGCUUCUGAUGAUAUAAAGGAUACAAACAAUCAACAAGAAUAUUUCGUCCCCUGGCACUUGCCUUAUCAUCGUGCUGAAGUAAAUGGGGCUUCAGCUUGUGCUGUUGCUAAUGGCCUUGCAAAGAAGGAUGAUAAGAAGGGAGCAGUAGUGUACAACAGAUAUUACCAUGUUUUUAGUGAAGGCGAGCUUGAAAGGCUGGUAUCUGGUAUGGAUGAUGCUGUAAUUGUUGAUCGAUUUUUUGACAAAUCCAACUGGUGUAUUGUCCUUGAGAAAACAUUAUGAAAAUGCAAAUGCAGCGGCUUUAAGUUUACCAUAGUGUGCAGCAUGGAACAGCAAGGUAAGGG